AGAUUUGCACGCCGCCCAUCUGUUAUCUGUCAUUUAUACGUCAUUUUACGGAAUUUAGUUGUUCCUCAUAUUUUUUACAGGGGCUGGAAGUGUUUCUAUUAGCCGGACAAGAUGAGGCGCGCCGGUUUAGGUGAAGGAGGCUCUGGGGGCUAUGUAGCAAGUGGGUACAGUGUGUAUGAAGAGGAAAACGAACACCUACAGGAGGGACUGAGAGCCAAAGUCAGCGCUUUAAAAAGUCUGUCUAUUGACAUCGGAACGGAAGUCAAAUACCAAAAUAAAAUGCUUGAUGAUAUGGACACGGACUUUGACUCAACUGGCGGCCUGCUCGGUGCAACCAUUGGCAGAGUGAAGAGGCUGUCCAGAGGCAGUCAGACCAAACUGUUGUGCUACAUGCUGCUCUUCUGCUUUUUUGUAUUCUUUGUCCUGUACUGGUACGUCAAGCUGAGGUGAUCAGAGGCUCCUCCUGGACUUGCCCAUGGCCCUUUGUUUUCUAAUUUCACAUAUUCCUCCCCAGUGUGCCACACUGCUGUAUAUCAAACCAAGGCCAAUGACAACAACAAUGAUGAGGAAAGGCAGUGUUUUAAAGGACUAGUGUGUAAGAUUUGGUGGCAUCGCAACAGUAACCACAGGAACACCCCUUCUUUCACCCAGAAAACUAAACUAACUUUUUAAAUUAAAUCAUAGUUUUAGUUCAUUACAAGGUGAUGAAAAUAAUAUAACAACGAGGUGAUUAUGGAUAUUUCAUUUCAUAAAUCUUACUAAAAUCUUACACGUUAGACCUUUAAAAAGAAAGGGUGUUCAGCUUCACAUGCCCUAAAUAUAUGUACGCUUCAUACAAAGUCCCUAAACUGAGUCACUGAAGGACUGCUACUUGACCGAAAAAGUAAAACUGGUGCAAAAAACUAAAACUGGUGUAGAAAAGUGAAACAUAAAUAGCUGUCUUCUAUAUAUGUCAUGUACACAUGGACAAUGCUAGUAUUUCUGAGUAAUUGCCUAGUUUAACUAAACUAGGACAACAAGACCUAACAUUUCACUUAAAACAACUGGAGAAGUUCAUACUCUGACGUUGAGCUCAAAGCAGGAAUGGGAACAUUCAAUAAUGACAAAUCUGUGCUAGAUGUAAAAAAAACGUGUGCUAGUUUUCAAGAAUGAACGGAAUUAUUACAAAAAUGUGUAAUGCAAUGUUCAAAUAUUGUACAAAUAUUUUAAUGUAAAUAAAGACGUUUUAUGCUCAGAUUAAUUUGUGUAAUUGUUUGCUAUUAAAAACUGAAAUGUCA